AUGCCGGAAAUACCUAAAGGGCCUUCAUUUUUUACCGAUGUGGCUGAUUGGGGUUUGGAGCAGAUAAUGUGUCUUCUAAGGGAGGUGACAUUAAAUAAUAAAGAUGGGGACUUGGUUCUUAAAAAGCUAUGGAAUAAUUACCUUAAUGCUGAAGGCAAAUCAUACCCAUUUGAGGCACCCCUUAACGACCAAAACGAGUACAAACCCGAGAUCGAGACCACAGAAAUAGUCUUACACGGCACGGUCCUGGAGAUACAUUCUAGCUGGUGCGCACUAGCGGCAGUUGUCAAUUUUAUAAUUCCACCUUACGACCCCGAAGGAGGAACUAUUACUGGGUAUGGAUAUUCAGCCGCUACCUUCCUAGCAAAAUGGGCAGACACGAUUUCGAGGAACUUCCGCGGUGUAAAAGUUAUUACGAAUGACCAACACGGUAAAACACGCACGGAACUCAAACGCGUCCAGUUCACUCCUCCUUUUUUCACGUUUACCUGGAAGAGUCCUAUCGAUUCCGGCGACUGGAACGGUUACGUCGCAGUAGUCAGCACUGGUAAAUGCGUCAACCUCCCGAGUAGUCCCCUGACCAGCGCUUUGAAUGAGAAAUUGGUAGCUGCCAGAUGGAACCAAGUGGUUACAAGCUCAAACUUUUCAGGCAUUUCCGCUGAGAAUUGUCCGUUCCCAAGAGACUCCUUUUUAAUUAAGCCGCCGUGCGAGCCUGAGAGGGUCGGGAUUGAGAUCGGAAGGGCCCCGAAGGACUCGGUGAAGCAAAAGACACUGGAGUUAUUCAAACUGAAGCUUGUUCGACCCGCUAGCAAGGUCUACCAUAUGGGAGGAUGUGCCGAGCUAUGGGGAUUCUUGGUGAUGCAAAACCACUUUCGUGAUGGAGAAGGAGGUCAUUUCAAUUCAAUUACCAUCGAUGUCAAAUGGGCCCAUUGCACCAAACUUAUUGGGUACAACCAAAUGACUGUCGACUGCACAAAAUGCCCCGAUGGAUCCGGUUAUUGGAAGUUUAAUACCGGCGCGCACUGUAAAAAUGGUCGGAAACAUAAAAUAUUAACACCAAAACCUGGCUGUCUCGGCUGUCUCUUUUUAGCCUCUGCCAUCGAAGCCAAGAAAGGAGCUGUUUGGAAACAAGAUAGCGAAGGCAUAACGCUUAGGCCCUACGAAACACCAAGAGAUUCGGGCUCUACCCAUACCCUACAAGACAUUAAAGUUCAAGAACAGUCCACUCCCUCGGAUCAACCGGUCUAG